AUGUAUUUUUAUGCCAACUGCAAAGCUACAAUAUUAUUCAAAGCAUGGAAAUCUUCCUCAUGCCAAGAAAUGUUUGGAUCAUGCAUAAUUGUUAUUCUAUUAGCAAUAUGCUAUGAAGGCCUACGCCAUGUCAGGAAUGGAAUUGAUCACUGGAUCAAAGCUGGAAACAGACAGUUUUUUCGUAAAAGAAUUGCUGAAACGGUUGAGACACAUGAGGAAGUAAGGUUGAUACAGCCAACAAGACUCGGUUAUUUCUUGAUGCUGAUUGUAAUGACGUUUAAUGCUUGGUUGCUUCUCAGUAUUUGCAUAGGAGGUGGUGUUGGAUUUCUGAGCUUCAACUUUAAAAAGUAUUUGGAGUUAGCUGACAAGUCUGUAGACAGUAGUCAUGAUGAUGAAAACAUCACUAGUAACGACCAUCAUUGA